AUGUUCCCCACCCCGAGUAAAUAUCAUAUCUUGUUUCUAAAUGCUUCAUUAGUGCUAUCUGCAUAUGUCAACAAGAACACCCGUCUAUCUAUCUAUCUAUCUAUCUAUCUAUCUAUCUAUCUAUUAGUCAGUUUCUAUCUAUCUAUCUAUCUAUCUAAUUCUAUACAGUAUCUAUCUAUCUAUCUAUCUAUCAUUUGUCAGUUUCUACCUAUCUAUCUAUCUAUCUAUCUAUCUAUCUGCCAGUUUCUUUCUAUCUAUCUAUCUAUCUAUCUAUUUAUCUAUCAUUUGGAGUCUAUUCAUUAUAUUGCUAUCUAUGUAACUAUCUAUGUAACUAUCUAUCUGAGUUUAAUCAGUAUCUAUCUAUCUAUCUAUCUAUCUGAGUCUAUUAUCUAUCUAUCUAUCUAUCUAUCUAUCUAUCUGAGUCUAUGUACCUAUCUAUCUGUGUCUAUUCAGUAUCUAUCUAUCUAUCUAUCUAUCUAUCUGAAUCUAUGUACCUAUCUAUCUGAGUCUAUUCAGUAUCUAUCUAUCUAUCUAUCUAUCUAUCUAUCUAUCUGCCGCUAUUCCGUCCAACGAUGUUCUGAAGAACGAAACGUAUCACACGAAUACUUUUCCCCGGAAAACAAUAAAUUCUAUCUAUCUAUCUAUCUAUCUAUCUAUCAUUUGGGGUCUAUUCAUUAUAUUGCUAUCUAUGUAACUAUCUAUCUUAGUCUAAUUAGUAUCUAUCUAUCUAUCUAUCUAUCUAUCUAUCUAUCUAUCUAUCUGAGUCUAUAUUACAGCUUUCAGUUACCCCCUGAGAAAAUCGGCUUUUUUUAUUGCUGGUUAUAUCUAUCUAUCUAUCUAUCUAUCUAUCUAUCUAUCUAUCUAUCUCAAUUUUUAUUGCUGGUUAUAUCUAUCUAUCUAUCUAUCUAUCUAUCUAUCUAUCUAUCUAUCUCAAUUGUUAUUGCUGGUUAUAUCUAUCUAUCUAUCUAUCUAUCUAUCUAUCUAUCUAUCUAUCUAUCUAUCUAUCUCAAUUUUUAUUACUGGUUAUAUCUAUCUAUCUAUCUAUCUAUCUAUCUAUCUAUCUAUCUAUCUAUCUAUCUCAGUAUAUAUUAG